GGAACCAGGCGUUGCUACGCCGGCUCCUAAGGGGAGGGGAGGGGGGAUUUCAUGCCCUUUCUCUUGGAAUGCUGCGGAGGACUCAACAAUGUAGAUUAUAGCAAGGUCGACCUCUCGGCUAUGACGCUGCUUUCCGAUUACGUGAAGGUGACCGAUCCCAGCUUUAUCGCGGCUGUCCUCUCCAUCGCUUUCAACCCCUUGUUCUGGAAUCUGGUCGGAAGAUGGGAGCACAGGAGCCGGUCCCUCACACGCGUCUUCCGUUCUCCUUACGUAGCCUGCUACUUCCUGGGAGCUGUCAUCAUCUUGCUGAACUUUCUGCGGAGUCACUGCUUCGGAGAAGCGAUGAAGAGCCAUCCCAAGUUGCCACUGCUGGAUUGUCUUUUGGGGUACUAUGCCAGCGUGACCCUCAUAGCAGUGGGCAUCCUGUUGGUGACCUCCAGCUUCCUCGCCCUGGGGUUCAUUGGGACAUUUUUAGGUAAGGUCAACCUGAUUGUAUUUGCCUGCGGACGGGCAAGUUCCCAGCCUCGGGUAUUGUCGGGAAAAAGGGGGGGGGAACGGAUGACUUCGGUGUCUCUCUUGCUGAUUCACCCUUCUCUCCCCUUCCCAACUUUUGUUCUCCUCUUCUGCCUCUUUCAAAUCAGGAGCUCCAGCCCAGUGGGUCUCAUCCUGACCGUGGAGGUGGCUCUGUGCUAUGCAAUUGCUCUGCUCUACGAAGGGCCUUUCACCGAAGAAAUCUACCGCAAGAAAGCACCGAAGUGUAAAUAAGGCCACCGCACCAGUUGACGAAGGCAUCCCCCAAUGCUGGGAUUGGUUGAACACAUAUUGCCUGGCCUGCUGGGAUCUCCCAAAUGGGACAGUUGGAUAGGAUGAGAGGACUUCAGCCUGACUCCUGUCGCAUUCCUCAAACUCCUCAACAAAUACACAAACACACCCAACAGGCCCCAUUCUUAUUUUUGUUUUGUUUGUUUGACCGAACGCCCAACCCUGAAAGGAAAGACUUCGCAAACACACAGGGCCCAGCAAGGGGGCUUUUGAAUGCCGAUGUUUGCUUCCCUUCGGCUUUCAGCUCUUUUCAUUAGCUGCGCAAUUCUGGAUGUUUUGAUUAUAGGCUGGAGAGCAUCAGAAAGGCGGCCCAGGCAGGAGGAGACCCCCGAGUGGUUUAUCUAACUGGAACCGUGUGUGGGACACGUACAAAGAGAGGGAUUGAAAGUAUGAAAAAGCACAGAGUGUGUACAUUCCUUGACAGGAGAAACAAAGCCACCAGGGUGCAUAGUAUUUGGAGGGAGAGGGGAAGGGAUUGGAUGCUUCAGCCGGGAGGCAUGGACUCCCUGUGAAUGUGCAGCAUCUGUAUUCACGCAACAGACCUACAACUGGGAAUGCGAUUCUUCCAUUUUCUGGAUUGGGGCCAUGCCUAAAGAUCUUAAAAUCACCAAAGGUCUGAUAUGCAAAGCCAUAAACAAACCCUAACCAUGUUGGUCACAAAUCAAGGUUAGCGUGUUUUGAGGAAGGCAUCUCCUUGGGUCGUGAUCUGACCUGCUUAAGCUUGAGGUGUUCUUGGUGCUCUCUGAGCUUGGUGGUUUUCUUGCCAACGUUUCGUGACCCAACUAGGUAACAUCAUCAAUGCUGGAAGGGGAUAUGGUUUGUGGCAAAUUUUGAACAGGGCUGCUCUUUAAACAAAAAUGGGAGAUUCUCUCUGGAUAGCCAGUCAUGUCAGGAAGAAGAUUGAAAUCCAAGUUCUCCAGAAUUCGGUAGAAAACAGCAUGUUCGCAUUGUAUCUUCUCCAUUGUCCCUCAGCUGAAAUAGUGCACCCCUUCGAAAUGACUUUUCCAGUUUUGGGGUUUCAGAUACGCCCCAUUUAUUGCUACGGCCUUUUCUCUAUGUGCUGUGAUAUCUUAACUUCUUAAAGCACCUUCUUAGCUUCUGGACCUCACCACCAAUGGUGUUUUUUGUCAACAACGUUGGUGGACUUUUGCAGCCAAAGCAACUCUAGUUUAGUUUUUGUGGUGUUCCAGAGAAUGUUAGAUCUUGGAAGCAUAGCCAUAAGCCCCAGAAUGUUGCUUUAAGUGCUGAGUUUUACUCAGAGAGGUAGGAAUGGGUCAGAUUCAGCAGUACGGUUGGUUAAUCGCGAGUUAUCAUUUCUGGAAAAGGAACAAAAACAGCAGCAUUUUCUUCAACCUUUGAAGAGCGCGAGAGUUUCGCCACACAUUUUUGACCCUCCUCCGUGAUGUUCAUCUCCUCAAACUUCUCCUGAGGCUCCAAAGGCAGCUUGUUCUUCAAUGAAGUGAACAUCUGAUGAAUGGAUCCUAAGAGAUGUAGGUCAGCAAGAGAUGGCCUAGAUUCUUCACCCA